UAAUAUAAUACAAGUAUUUAAUAUUAUAACCAAGUGUACCAUAAAACUUGUUUGUCUGAAACUGAAUGGCACGCUCUUCAUACGAAGGCGACAAAUGAGCCAACUGUCGAGAUACAGAUAUAUACUGAUACCAAUAGUGAUCAUGCGAUUAUUUUUAAACGAUUCCAUGUUCUUUUAGAAAUAGAAUGUAUUGUGGCGAUAGUCGUAGACAAAAUAGUCAAGGAUAGAUAGCAGGGUGCUAUAAAAUGACGAACUUUGGCUACGAAACGCAUUCGGAAUUAAUCACUCGGUGAACAAACCACAAUGAAAGCAGCCAUAGUCCUUCUGUUCCUGGCCCUCUGCGUGGCUAUCAACGCCGACUUUGUCUGCGAUCCCAAUGGCGAUGGUCAGCCCGAUUGCGUGGGUCGCUCUGGAGAGAUUUCCCGCGAUUUCUGGGAUCCCACCCACUACUGGAAGUGCUCUGGCACCGGACAGGCUGAGCUCGUUGCCUGCGAUCCGCAGACUGGAUUCGAUCCCAAAACUGGAGAAUGCGUGGAUUGGAGCGUUUGGCAGUGGUAUCCGCCAUGUCCCGAAACAUCCACCUAAUCAAUAAACUUCUGAGCUGAA